GGGCCCCCAGAGGGGCGAGCCAACGAGGAGAAGGAGACGACCCCUAACGGCAAGCUCCAGUCCUUGAUGUGCCGCUUGCUACUCCAGCACGAAGCCGCACACCAGGCCGCGGCGCGCGACGACAACCUGACGCUGACCUUGAAGGAGGGCCAGAAGCUCGAGGUGGCGCUGGAGACAGGCUACCAGGAGCACGCGCGAGUGGGCAAGACCGCUCGAGAGGGCGACGACUUCAAAGGCCACCCGAUGGGCAAGAAGCCAGAUGCCCUCCUGAAGAUUAUCGUAUGUCGGAUCUCCGAGGCCGCCUCCAUCAACCGCGAGAAGCUAAUGAAGACAAUCGAGCAGGGCCCCCACCCCCAGGCCGCCGCCGAGGCCGUCGGAGUUCUAGAGAGGUGGGGCCAGCUCGCGCAGAACCCAGACGCGAUCGCGAAGGCCACCAGAUGCUUCAAGAUCAAGCUCAACGCCGAGGGCGAGGAUCAGGUACGCUGGAUCUUUGCGUGCAACUACCAUCCCGACCUGAAGGCCGCCUCGAACGUGCUGCGCCUCGACGGAGGCAUGGAGUCUGUGGCGAUCCUGCUCGGUCACGAUCACGGCCCGAGGUCGAAGGUCGCGAAGCAGAUCGAGCAGCUCGCAUUCAGGGACGAUGGCAGGGCGAAGUCCGCAGGCAAGAAAAAGUCGAGGAAGUAG